AUUUUCUCUACAUCGUGCUUAGCCAAUAAUGUAGAGGGAACUGUUGUGCACAUCUCAGCUGGCAGACAUUUAAAAGGGAGACAGUCCGGCGCUGGAGCAAUUUGUAUUAAACCCCCCUGGCCCCUGUCUAUGGAGCGGUUAGUCUCCCACCCAUCCACAGUCCCACCAGUGUACAGUCGACAGCAGUAGGUGCCUAUCACCUCGGAAGGUGUCGUAGAGGAGUGACAGGAUCAGAUCAUCGCACUUAGCAGUGGAGAGAUGGACAGGAUGGCCAACUCGACGCGUAUCCUCUGCAGUAUGGUUUUCAUCAUUGGGUUGCUAUCCUCUCCCGUGGAUUCCAAAAGAAACCGAGGUUCACAAGGCGCCAUUCCUCAUCCUGACAAAAACAACCCAAACGAAUCGGAGCAGCAACCGCAGCCUCCGCAGGCGGGCUCCGGGUCCCGGCAGAGGCAGGGCUCAUCCUCACCGGCCGACGAGGUGCUGGAGUCCAGCCAGGAAGCGUUACAUGUGACGGAGCGCCAGUAUUUGAAACGGGACUGGUGCAAGACGCAGCCCCUGAAGCAGACCAUCCACGAGGAGGGCUGCGUCAGCCGCACCAUCAUCAACCGCUUCUGUUACGGACAGUGCAACUCCUUCUACAUCCCCAGACACAUCCGCCGGGAGGAGGGUGCCUUCCAGUCCUGUUCUUUUUGCAAGCCGAAGCGUUUUACCACCAUGACUUUUACUUUAAACUGUCCGGACCAGCAGCCACCCACCAAGAAGAAACGCAUCCAGCGCGUCAAACAGUGCCGCUGUAUAUCCAUAGACCUGGACUAAAGACGCACAGAAAUGUGUUGUGUGUGUGCGUGUGUGUGUGUGUGUGCGUUUUUCAUGUUUUUAUUCUUCGCGGACAGGAUUGUUGGUAGAAUACAAACAAACCAACCAAACCAAAAAAACAACAACAGAAAAGGCUGUCACACAGCCCACAACGCGUGUCUGUCUCCAUCUAGAAGGAAGCAUCCAUGAAGGCGUCCUACAUGUAGGCUACAACGAUUCUCUUCUUGCACAACGUGUGAACAAAUAUGGACACGCAACUUAUAAACCGACGUUAAACUGCAUUGAACAUUUUACUCCUCACCAGUUUGCCAAGUUUGAAAACAAGCAUCACUGCACGGGAACGCUGACAUGGAAUGGCCACGUUUUACGCACGGCUUCCUCGCCUCCUCCAGAGGACUGCAUAAUUCCGGUUUAUUUAAUAAGUCACGGUUCAAAACGCUUAUUGUGACAGGGAAACACAAUGUUGUUUUUUUGUGUGCAUAUAUGUGUGUUUAACUGGAUGUUUCCACUGUGUGGAAUUUGAUGGACGAGUGGCGAUAUUUGUAAAUGGAAAAUGUGAUUUUAUUUCGAUACUUCAAGAAACUUUCAAGGUUAAUUGAUAUCUGUGAAUUUCCAUCAGUAAAGUGUUUGAUUUUUUGUAAGUUGGGCGCAUAUUCAGUUGUAGAGACAGCAGGCUUCUUUAUUAGUAUAAACGGGGCAAUGUACAGUGGUGAUUUCUACAGUAUCGAGGUUAAAUAGUUGUAAAAUGUAAAGCCAUCUUUGAUGUAACCGGUUUGUUUAUCCCUUUAAUUAAAUUAUCCAUGAAAACAUCAA